CCCACCAAUAGAGGGUAAGAAAAUAACCUGACUAUAGUGCAUCGCAAUCAUGAAUUUUAAGAAGCUGGGGAGUGGACGGGGGGGUUCCCCUUUGGUGGUAGCUAAUGUUAUAAGAAUGGAGAUGUAUGUGUACGUGCUAUAAUCUCGUUGUUAUUAGUCCUUAGGUAAAUAAACUGAGAAAGCUAAGGAUUCGGCCUCUAUGUUCAUAUUCUCUCUUUCUAUAGUCGGCAGAUAUCCUACCCUACCCCACAUGUAGACUUGGGGUUUGACUACCUACAUGAUAGCAAGCUAGGCACACCUUCAUUCCCUUACUAAUAAAUACCUCCUCACUUCCCAAUACGGCUUACACAAUCAUGCGCCCUCAUACUCUUUGCAGGGUACCUUCAAAAGACACGGAACGGAUACGUUCGCUUAUAUGGUCGCCCGUCCGCCUUAUUCCCGUAUAGCAAGCGGCAUCACGGCCAAGCGAGGGGCGGCGCACGAUGGAUAUCGAUCCUCAAUCGUACAUUCUUUCGGAGGAAGAAUCGCGAAGCAUUUUUGAGCGAGAUAUCCUCCCGUCCGAACUAAGCCAUCUCUCGGCGGCGACGCCCCAGCCUAGCAAUAGUAAUGAGAUCGUCGGAGAUAGAACCCCGCUUGCGGUCCUCCUCAUCGGCCAGACAGGCGCCGGGAAAACGCGCGCCGCGCCCGCGCUCAAGGGCGCCCUAACCCGUCUCCGGGGCGCCUCGCGGCUCGCGCACUUCGUCGCGGACACGUACAAGACGUUCCACCCGGCGUACAACGCACUCCUGGCCUCGCGCCCCGCCCUCGCCUCCGCGGCCACAGGCCCCGACGCGCGGCGGUGGCUCGCAACGGCCGCGUCCCGCGCCGCGUCGCGGCGCGCCGACGUGCUGGUCGAGUCCGCGGCCCGGCACCCGGGGGACUUCGCGGACCUGGCGCGGCUGUUCCACGCCUCGGGCUACCGCGUCGAGGUCGCGGUCCUGGCCGUCCCCGCGGCGCUCAGCCGCCUCGGCAUCCUCGCGCGCUUCUACGAGAAGCUGCCGGAGGCCGGGCCGCGCGGCGGCCUGCCGCUGCGCUUGACGCCGCGGAAAGUCCACGACGAGUCCUACGCGGGGGUCCUGGAGGCGGCGGCGUUUGUGGACUCGUCGGGUGCGGUUGACCAGGUUGUCGUUGUUCGAAGGGAUAGCCUGGUAGCGUAUGCUAACGAACGCAUCAAAAACGUCGGUGGUUAUGGUAAUGGCUGGAGGCAGGUGCCGAGGACUGCUGAGGCUGUGCGGACGGAGAGAGAGCGGCCGUUGACGGCUAGUGAGAGGACAGCUGCCGAACUUAGCUUACAGAGGCUUCGGAAGAUGAAUGUGCCCGGCCUCGAAAGCCAGUUGAUAGAAAUCGAAAGGAUGUUGGAACCCCUUUUAGUUGCUCCCCACGAUUUAACACAGAUACCCCUAAAACCGCUCCCUCUCCCCAAUUCGAUCCACAACGGCAAAAUCAAUAUUGAGAUAGGUCUCAGUUUUGGAAACAUACCUCCCAUGUAGUUAUACUUAACCCCCUUUACUUAAAGCUGUCGGCCGAUGUAAUCGAAUUAGCUCUAUAAGACUAGCGCUUAGCAGCAUUAUAUAACAGUUUAGGCAAAUAUAGCUGAAAUAAAUGUUAGGAUUAGGUAUAUUCGAACUUAGAAGCAUUCUGGCACGUGACGGCGGACCAUAUGCCAUCAAACCGCCAAACCGCCAAAAAUUGAAUGACAUAAUCAUAAGGCCUUUGUUUAGCCUCCGUUUGGCCUCCGUUUAGCCUUUGUUUAAUUCUUUUUCAUUUAAAUUUUUUUUUUAAAAAAAAAAAAUAAAAAAAAAAAUAAAAAUAAAAAUAAAAA